GUUUGACCCGACACUUCCGGAAAUGGCGGCUUGAUGGCGGAGCUGCAGAACGCGGGGCCUCCGGGCGGUAAUGGCGCCAGCGCUCCCGGCUCCGGGGACAAAGCCGCCAACAAAUGGGUUCGUCUGAACGUGGGAGGGACGUACUUCGUCAGCACCAAGCAAACCCUGUGCAGGGAUCCCAAAUCCUUCCUGUGCCGCCUGUGCCAGGAGGACCCAGACCUGGACUCGGACAAGGAUGAAACCGGUGCCUACCUAAUUGACAGAGACCCAAGUUACUUUGGGCCGAUCCUCAACUACCUGCGACAUGGCAAACUGAUCAUUAACAAGGAUUUAGCAGAGGAGGGGGUCCUGGAGGAGGCAGAGUUUUAUAACAUUGCGUUACUCGUUCGGCUGGUCAAAGAACGCAUUAGGGACCUGGAGAAUAGGACUUCACAGGGUCCAGUUAAACAUGUUUACCGUGUUCUGCAGUGCCAGGAAGAGGAGCUCACCCAGAUGGUUUCGACAAUGUCAGAUGGCUGGAAGUUUGAGCAGCUCAUUAGCAUUGGAUCCUCCUAUAACUAUGGCAAUGAAGAUCAGGCUGAAUUCCUUUGUGUUGUCUCCAGGGAGCUAAAUAACUCGACUAAUGGAAUUGUCAUAGAGCCCAGUGAAAAAGCCAAGAUUCUGCAAGAGCGAGGCUCAAGAAUGUGACUUACUGAAUCGGAAUUGCUGUUUCAAUUCUGAACCUUGAGGAGGAAGCCUCCACUAGUUGGGGGCAUCAAACCUUUGCCACACUCAGACACCGGCCUCUUGAUGUUUUGGUUCACAUGGGCCUCCUUGAUCAGUGGGCUCAUUUUACUGAAGAACUCAACCUCUCUGCCUUUCGCUUGAAGCCUGUGAGAGGCUUACAGCACUACUCAAGAAUUAAAGCUGCCAAAUCUCCCCAUGUUUUUUUUUGUUGUUGCGUGAUAAGUAUAUAUUCAACCAAUGCAUUUAAUUGCCUUUAACGGACCUGUGGUGUUGCUCAUUCCUUGGCGACUAGAAAGCAGAGCCAGUGUAUCAUUGUAUCUGCUUUGUGAGAAUUCCUUUCUGUUCUUCCUAUGGAUCAUUGUGUGCAUGGAUUUCACUCAGUGACUUUUGAGGGGAGGUGAAUGAUGCAGUAUAACAAUUGAGUAAACAAUUAUGUGAAAUUCCACAAUUCUUGUCAAUCUUGUUCCUCUUUCAUCGCUGUACUUUUAUGACAUGAUGAUGGGAUGAUUAAACCACACAGUAUUGUCA